AUGGUGGGGUCAGCAGGCAUGGCCAAUGCCACUGGCCGCCUGGAGCUCACACUUGUCAAGACGGCCACGGGCAUGGACGUGCACUACUCGCUCUCCCUCGCGCACCUCUCCUCGCCCUUCCCUCCCACCGCGGCCUCCAUCCACGCAGGCCGCGCCUCCUCCCCCUCUGGCUCGCUCCUCCUCGCCUUCCCCGCCUCCGCCUGGACCAACACCACCCGCCCCGUCCAUCGCGCCACCAACGCCACCGCUGCUCCCCCCCCUGCGACUGCGCGCUUCAGCUACGGCGCCAGGGGCGUGUGGGGCAACGCGUCGUCCCUCUCCGCCGCUGCGGGCGGCUCUGUGGCUGCGGCUGUGAGCAGCAUUCUCGCUGCCCCCGCCUCCUUCCACGCUCUCAUCGCCACCUCCACGUUCCCCCAGGGAGCCGUGCGCGGCCAGAUGGGCAACGUGACCCGCGGGGGGAAGUAG